CCCAAGCCCGGUCGCAAGUCGCUACUCUCCGUCGUCAGCUACCCUCUACAUUGUAGUUGUUCCCUUUCAUUUUCCUCGCUUGCAGUUCCAGUGACCGAUCAAGUAGUGAAUAUGAUAAUAUCCCUCAAAAUUACGCCCUCCCACGCAUGUGCUGUUUUUCAUCUACUUGCCGAACUCAUCAUGUGAACCUCACCUCUACAGAUUGAAUAAGGUGUAAUGGCAGAAACGACAAGAGGAGAGGGAGGUGACAUCCCUACAAUAUUCAACCCUCACAGGAUCAGAGCCCCCCCAAACCUGGUGAUCACCAACGAGACACCGAGGGGGGGCGUCCCCAAUGGUCCCUUCGGCAGAUCGUCUCACGCUUUACACCAUUCUGAUUCAGAGAGCCAGUCGGAACAGCACCAGCCCGUCAACAACCGCUCGGGAAUGUGUUCCAGGCUCAAAUCUUGCAAGAACUCCUGUUGCUCCAAGUCGGCUAGAAAGAUCUAUUACGGAGUGUGCGUAACCGUGUGUGUGACGGCAUCAUGGGUGGGAGCGACACAUGCCAUUAAGUACCUUUACUUGAAACAACCCCACACCCACAUCACAUCCGGCAACGUGACCUCAAUACAUCAACAGCCUGUGAUGACUUACAAUGCUCCAUUUUUUACUACUUGGUUUUGUACGAACUGGACUGUGCUGUUCUUCCCCCUGUAUAUGCUUUGUCACCUGUCCACAAACCGAUGUAAAAGUGGAGACGUUCUUGCAGAAAGUGUUAGGAGCUUCAGAGAAAAAGGGUUCACUGCAGGUCGCUUUUUAACAAGAUGCUGUUUUUUUUGCCUGCUGUGGGUGGGAACCAAUUAUAUGUACAUCCAUUCCCUCAGGAUCUUGUUGGCUACGGAUGUGAUGGCUCUGUUUGCUACCAACGUCUCCUGUGUCUAUCUACUUUCCUGGGUCAUCCUGCACGAGCAGUUUGUGGGAGUCAGGAUAGUGGCAGUGAUCCUGUGUGACACAGGGGUAGCACUACUGGCGUACAUGGAUGGUAUCACUGGCAGUCCAACACUCAGUGGUGUGGUCCUCGCUGCAUCAGCUGCUGCUGGCUCUGCUGUGUACAAGGUACUUUUCAAGAAAGUGAUAGGGGAUGCCAGCUAUGGGCAAGUGUCUCUAUUCUUCUCUCUGAUCGGGCUGCUCAAUGCCUCUCUUCUGUGGCCUUUAUGUCUCACCCUGUACUUCACCGGCAUAGAGACUCUCUACUGGGACAGGCUCCCCUGGCCUGCUCUGCUCUUGGCUAGCAUCCUCUCUCUCGUGGCUAACUUGUUGGGGAACUUCAGUGUGGCCCUGACGUACGAUCUCUUCAUCACUCUCGGACUUAUCACUGCGGUACCUGUGUCAGCAGCUUUAGAUGUGGUCCUGUACGGAGCUCAUUUCUACGGUAUGAAGUUGGCUGGUAUGAUUCUAAUAUCUAUUGGGUUCUUCUUGGUGAUGUUCCCGGAGAACUGGCCGGAUUACAUCACACGUCUUCUCAGAAAUAUCAUUCUAUUGAGUCAUAGUGCCAGAUGGAGCCGACGGCACAGACACGGGGCACAAGCCAAUCAGCAGCGUCCAGUGGUGGACUACAGAACCGGUUAUAUCCGGUCUCACCUUCGCUCUCCUUCUGGUCGAGUCAGAUGACCCGACCCAGGGCCCGACAUCGAGCUAGACGUGUGACUCAUAGUAUAGCUGGUCAACUACAAUUGUUUCAAGUUGAAUUUAUCAUUUUAAGUAAACAAAAAGUGUAUACGUAAUUUCCUGACGACGUUUAAAACAUCUUAAUUGUGCUAACCAAACAACGUAACCAAAAUUUCAAAUUCGAGUAUGACAAAUUUCUUAAUUACAGCUAGAAUAAAAGAAACGUCACUAAAAUGCCACUAAAAGAAUGCCACUUUUUGAACUACAUGAUACGUACUGUAUUAAAAAAAAAUCGAAAUGUUUUAGUAAUACUCUCUCUAUCAAGGCUAUCAACAAGUCUUUUUAUAAUGGUGUCACAUAAAAAAAGAAAAUAUUUUUUGGUCAGUGUGACAUGCACUUUUUGGUAUAUUAUUCAAAGUGUUGUGUAGUCCAAAAAAUACCCAUAAUCUUUGUGAUCAGUGGAAAGUGCACAAAAUCCAAGUAUUUUGGCAGUAAUCUUAGGCCCUUAUGUAACUUAUUCAUCUUUAAGUUAUUUCAAAUAAAACGAUGUAAAAGAAAAACAUCCCUUGAGAUAGUACCCAAAUUCAACCUCUGAUCAUGCAAGCAAUCGUAAAAGUUGUCUUUAAUUUUGGUACUUCUAGUAAUAUAUUUAUAAUGACUUAUAUAAAAUUAUAAUCUAAACCUACUUAUAUCGUGUUAUAACAAUCAUCAUAAUUAUAUGCAAUUUUCACAGUAAGCCAAAUAAAGUCUCUUCUUUCUAAUAACGUAUCUUUAAGUAACAAUACGUAACGAUAAGAAAAAAACUUCCAAAAAUAUUUGCCUCCAAAUAAUACCAAAGUACCAAAUUAAAAUUUACCUUCGGUUUCCCAUAUAUUUCUAUUCUGAUAUUCUUUCCUAUUUCUAAAUAAUUUUUUUCAUAGAACAAAAUCUUUCUUGGUUUAAUUAAGUUGUAUUAUAUCAUUUUUAAAUCUUAAAAAAAGAUAACCUCUACUUUUUCAGAAAUAUUAGUAAUUAGCGUUUUUGUGCAUUUUCCAAAUUUGCAUCACAAAGAGGAAUGGGUCGCUAUUUGAAGGUAUUAAAUUUUAGAUAUUACAAUAAUGUUUAAUACACCAAAUAUUACAUCCUACUUGUCUCAAAAGAUUGCUAGCCUCAAAUUUCAACUUUUAAUGUCUAACCAGACAAAAUGGAUUGUUCCAAAUAAAUAUAAACUACCAGUAAAACUAACUUUACUCUCAAAUUACUAUACUUGUAUUUACUUGUAGGUUAGGAUGUGAUAGCAACUUCAUGGUCUAGCCUCUGGAAAUUGCUAGAAUGGCAAUUUAGAUGAUGAACCCUUGUUGUGAUUGGAUUGUAUACAUGGUAUGUCUUGUAGAGAUGUAUAAAAUUAAACGUUCAAUCAAAAUAAAUUAAUAGCAACAGACGAUGUAUCAGUGUGGAUAAUUGAAGAGGAGCUCUGUUAAAUUGCAACUUUAAAAAAAUAAUUUAUGAGUUUGUCUGUAACUGAUAACAAUAUAGUUGUUGGGGAAAUUAGUUAAGAUAAAAAUAAAUAAAAUACUGGUUAAUUUAGUUUUUUGUUGUAAAAGAAUAAAUUAUGUGUAUGAAGUUUUAUGAUAUUUUAUUUUGAGGCAAUAAUAAAUGUGGCAGAAUUUAGCAUAUUCUGCUUUUUCGUUAUGGUUGAGAUUAAAUGUUAACAGUCUAUAGUAGUUUUCUUUUUAAGAUUUGUAUAAAAUAUAACUGAAAAAGUUUAAACAGCGUAAGUUUUCAUUGGCAGUCAUAAUUAAUAAAAUAUAUAACAGUAUAUCAAUAUUUUACUAUUAAUAACAGAUUUUCUCCUGAAAAAAGUUAUUAAAUAUUAAUUAUUACUGUAUUCGUUUAAGGGUUUAAUAAUAAACACAAUCUUGCCUUAUCACUACUGUUGCAGUUUAGUUUUAAAUAUUUCUACAAAUAAUUAUUACUAUAUAACUAAAUUUAAUAUUAAUUCUUUAAACACAACAAUGGUACAGUUCUGAAGUUAAUUUCUGUGUACUCUGCUACAUCACUUAGAGGGAAACGUUUUAAAUACCAAUAAAUGUUCCCCUGAAUAAAUGCUAAAUCUGUGUAAUCCAAAAUAAACCACUAUGUUUUAUUGGCACAAGAUCUAUCUUUUUAUGCUGUCUUGGAUUUA